UUUCGAACGGCGGCGGCGGCGGCGCCGGGCGGUAACACGGUGGGAGCGCGGGCUCUGCUCCGGCACUGCCCGCUGCUGCUGCUGCCGCAGGACCGCCGCGGCGCCGCUUACGAGGGCUUCGUCACUGCCCAGGGUGGAGACUUCCACAUCAGGCUACUGCUACCGGUGGAUUUGCAACUGAAAAAUGCCAGGAGAGAGUGCAGCUGGCGUCUGAAGAAGAUCCUGCAUGGAUAUCGACACAUUUUAAAGCAGAGGCUGCAGAGCUGCCCAGAUCUUGUCAGCUUUAUGGUGGAACUGAAAACUGUUUGGGAAAUUGCUUUAAAAAACACACAAGACUUGCACAUCUCACGGCCUCCAGAACACUACUCCUGUCUUGUCAGAGAUCUAGAAAUACUGGGCUGGAAUAGAGUGGCCUAUGUGGACACUGGGCUGACCACAGUCAAGUUAGAAGCUGAAGACUUGUGGUUGACAGCAUCUCAUCACUCUCAAGUUAAAUGCAAAGUGUUUUCAAUGAUGAAGGAUCAAUUACCUGUCCUUUUGAAACCAUGUCUGGCAUUUAAACUUGCCAGACAAAAUUUGUGUGUGAAACAUUGUUUUGGUGGCGUGGGGAUUUGAUUUGCCUUUGUACGCACAGACGCUACAUUUGAGAAGACUUGGCUGAAGUAUUUUUUGGGAAGGCAUUUCUUUCGAUAACAUACUUUAAUAAAAGUGUGUUUAUUUUUGUUAUGCUGUUUCUUUGAUUAAGAUCAGUGUAGGAACAUUUCAGACCCCAAGGCUUCAAAUAGGCCACUGCAAGGAUUUGCCUGUUGUGUAAUAAUUAAGACACUUUGGUAAUUAUCUGAAUGAUCUGGGAAAGGGUAUGAAAAUGCUUUCUCUAGAUAAAGUUAGCUGCAUGCUCAGAAAACCAAUAUAAAUAUUGUAUUCAAUAAUUGUUUAAAUUGUCCUAAAGAAUGAUAGGAUGAUUUCUGACACACACAUUUGAUUGUAACUGUAAUAAGCUAAGGUGUUAUCAAA